CGCUUAAUUUUAUAAGAAAAUCAUUAUGGCAUCUGAAACACAUCUCACUUUGAACCGCACAAAUGACAAGAUGCCCAUCGUUGGCUUUGGCUGCUGGAAAGUUUCCAACGAGGAUGCUGAAGAUACUAUCUAUAAUGCUAUUAAGACUGGCUACCGUUUGUUUGAUGGUGCUGCUGAUUAUGGCAAUGAAGUUGAAGUCGGUCGUGGCAUCAACAAGGCCAUCAAAGAAGGAAUUGUCUCCAGAAAGGAUCUUUUUGUUGUUACAAAACUUUGGAACACCUACCAUAGCAAGGACAAGGUUCGCGCUGCUUUUGACAAGCAAUUAAAUGACCUUGGCCUCGAAUAUGUUGAUUUAUACUUGAUUCACUUCCCUGUACCAUUGAAGUUUGUUGAAUUUGACAAGGCCUAUCCUCCUGGUUGGUACCAACCUGGUAAGGAUGCCAUUGAAUUUGAAGCUUCUCCUAUCCAUGAAACCUGGCGCGAAAUGGAAAAGUUGGUUGAGGCUAAUUUGGCUCGUAAUAUUGGUAUUUCUAACUUCAAUGUCCAAUCCAUUUUGGACUUGUUGACAUACGCCAAGAUCAAGCCAGCUGUCUUACAAAUUGAACUUCAUCCUUACUUGCCUCAAGAGCGUUUGGUCAAGUGGGUGCAAUCACAAGGCAUUCAAGUUACCGCCUACUCUUCAUUCGGUCCUACUUCAUAUGUUGACCUUCACGAAAAUGGCAAGAAGAUCGCUCCAUUACUUGAGCACGAUACCAUCAAGGCCAUUGCUGAUAAACACAAAGUUUCUACUGGACAAGUCCUAUUGCGUUGGGCUAUUAACCGCAAGCUUGCUGUUAUUCCUAAGAGUGUUAACCAACAAAGAUUAAAGGGUAACUUGGAAAUAUUUAGCAUCAAGUUGGAUGGUGAUGACAACAAGGCUUUGGAUUCUCUGAAGACCAACCAAAGAUUCAACGAUCCUAUGCUCUAUGGCUUCAACUUGCCUCUUUUCGAUUAACUGGAUUAAUUAAUAAAUUGUAUACUUUGACUAAAGAUCAAUUAUAUUCGAGAGAACAACGCAUGUUGUUUUUAGUUCUAAAAACACUAGCAAAGUCAAUUA